AUGAAAACUCUUCACUUCUCAGCUCCCGGUUUGGCUAAACCAACUAUCAUCAAUCUGAAGCAACAAACAAUAACACAAACCCAGUUCGUGUUGCGUCGUCAAGAAAGACCAUCUCUUUCGAUAAACUGUUGUUCUAACAGUGGCGGUGAAGAGAAGGUCUCUCAGCCGUUGGAUGGAGGAGUGGAGAUAAGGUUCAAACGAGGGUCAAGAAGGAGAAUGAGGGAAGAAAGUUCAGGUGAAGGAGGGCAAAGCGGGAAGAAAGCAGAGAAAAAGGUUCAGAAGCCAUGGGAAGAGAUGACGUUGAAUGAGAAAGCGUUGGAGCUUUAUGUGGGAGAGAAAGGUCUGUUGUUUUGGCUCAACAAAUUGGCUUACGCUUCAAUCUACAUUGUGAUUGGAGGUUGGAUUCUUUUCCGGUUUGUUGGACCGGCUUUGAAUCUUUAUCAGCUUGAUACACCUCCUCUUGAUCCUAAAAACAUCUUGAAGGGCUAA